AAAAAAAAAAGUUUCAUUGUGAAUUAGUACAAUUUCCUGUCACCAUUCAACGCUUCCAACCUGCUACUCUUAUAAUGAAAUCUGCCCUCAAGUGGGAGGUGCUUGCCAAGUGCAGCACUACCAAAGCCAGGGCUGCUGUCCUCACUUUACCUCACGGUCCUGUCAACGCACCUGUUUUCAUGCCUGUAGGAACUCAGGGCACACUCAAAGGACUCACCCCUGAUCAAAUCAAGGACCUUGGAUGUCAAAUCAUGCUUAAUAAUACCUAUCAUCUGGGCCUUCGACCGGGUCAGGAAUUACUGGAUAAAUGUGGAGGUGCACAUUUAUUUCAAGGCUGGAAUCGUAACUUGCUAACUGAUAGCGGUGGAUUUCAAAUGGUAUCCUUGUUGAAAUUGGCGGAGAUCACAGAGGAUGGAGUUCAGUUUGAGUCACCGCAUGAUGGGUCAUUGAUGUUGUUGACACCAGAACAUUCCAUGUCCCUUCAAAAUUCGAUCGGAGCAGACAUCAUGAUGCAACUGGACGACGUUGUCUCAUCCUUAACAACGGGGCCUCGUGUCGAAGAGGCCAUGUGGAGAUCUAUUCGUUGGCUCGAUAGAUGUAUCAAGGCACACAAGAAGCCCGAAACACAAAAUCUAUUUGCAAUCAUCCAGGGAGGAUUGGACCCGGAGCUCAGGAAGAAGUGUAUUGAAGAAAUGUUAAAGCGCGAUACACCUGGAUACGCCAUUGGAGGGCUCAGUGGGGGUGAAGAAAAAGACAAAUUCUGGAGGGUAGUGACGCUUUGCACAGACUUGAUGCCACGAGAGAAACCCAUCUAUUGCAUGGGAGUCGGUUAUGCGGAAGACCUGGUUGUUUGUGUGGCAUUAGGGGUGGAUAUGUUCGACUGUGUAUUCCCUACGAGAACAGCACGUUUCGGGAAUGCAUUAACAGCAACAGGAACACUCAGCUUGCGCCAGGCAAAGUUCAGGGAUGAUUUUAGGCCGAUCGAGGAAGAUUGCGACUGUGUUACCUGCAAAUCAUACACGAGAGCUUAUUUGUACACGCUGGUGACCAAGGAGACCGUGGGCUGUCACUUGGUCUCGAUUCAUAACACUGCCUAUCAACUCAGACUUAUGAGACAGGUGCGCCAGAGUGUCAUUGAGGACCGGUUUCCACAAUUUAUUCAUAAAUUCUUCAAAGAUUUAUUUAAGGAGAAGGAUGCAUAUCCAAAGUGGGCCGUCAAUGCUCUAAAGAGCGUCAACGUGGAUCUCUUAGCAGGAGAAGAGAGCUGAAUGGUCCUGAAAAAAAAUAAAAAUGAAAAGAAAAAG